AUAAAAGAGAAAUAAAAAAUAAAAGAACGACAAGAGUGUAUUAGAUCUCAAAUCCUUGCUACUGGAAGCAUAGCCAUCAGAAAUCCAAUUUGCUGCAAUUAACAUUACCCCUUUCUAUUUUGUUACCUUUUUCUUCAGAUCAGAUCAGAUCCACAACGUUUCGUUCAUAGAUCCACCAUGGAUUUCAUGAAAGUCUUCGAUCAAACCGUUCGAGAAAUAAAGAGAGAGGUGAAUCUGAAAGUGCUCAAGGUUCCCGAAAUCGAACAGAAGGUAUUGGAUGCAACUGAUAAUGAACCUUGGGGUCCUCAUGGUACUGCACUGGCAGAGAUUGCACAGGCCACCAAAAAAUUCACUGAAUGUCAGAUGGUCAUGAAUGUCCUUUGGACAAGACUGGGUGAAACUGGAAAAGAUUGGCGUUAUGUAUACAAGGCAUUAGCUGUUAUAGAGUAUUUGGUUGGACAUGGAUCUGAACGAGCGGUUGAUGACAUUAUAGAACAUACUUUUCAGAUCUCAGCACUUUCUAGCUUUGAAUAUGUUGAGCCUAGUGGGAAGGAUGUCGGACUCAAUGUCCGGAAGAAGGCAGAAAAUAUUGUGUCCCUUUUGAAUGAUAGAGAUAAGAUACAUGAAGCCAGAAAUAAAGCUGCUGCCAACCGUGACAAGUAUGUUGGAGUUUCUUCUAGUGGAAUCACAUACAAGUCUGGUUCAUCCUCAUAUGGCAGCUAUCAGAGUAGUGGUAAAUAUGGAGGCUUUGGUUCUAGAGAUGGUGACAGGUUUAGUGAUAGCUAUAGAGACAAGGGGUCCUAUGAAGAACAAAAGGAUGAAAAUGAUUACCCUGGAAAAUCACGCCAUGCCAUUGCAAGUGAUGAUCAAGAGAACUCUUUCAAGAAGGGUUCUGCACGUUCUGUCAGCAAAAGUCAGGAGAAUAUGUCACCUAGAGUAUCAAAAUCAUCAACUAAUGCAAAAGUCUAUGAUAAUUAUGGUUCAGUUUCUUCUCAAAGUUCAAGUGUACCUGCAAACAAUACUGAGGAUGACAUGGAUGAUUUUGAUCCAAGAGGAACUUCUACUAAGGCUUCAGCCACAAGCUCUAAUCAGGUUGAUCUCUUUGGACAAGAUUUAAUUGGUGACCUUAUGGAUGCUCCAACAUCUGUUCCUGUAGAGAAGCCAGCAACUAAUAAUGUGUCGGAGGUCGAUCUCUUUGCAGAUGCAACAUUUGUAUCAGCAGCACCUCAUGAGGACAAAGGAGCUAGUUCUCAACCACAGGCUGAGGUGGAUCUAUUUUCUUCGCAACCAGCCAUUCCUUCUGUUACACCAACAGUUGACUUGUUUUCUAUUCCUGAACGAGUAGAGCAGCCAGACAUCAAGUCAGAGAACUCUGGUCCUAUGAAUAACAGCACAUUUGAUCCCUUUGCUGCUGUUCCUCUUAAUAAUUUUGAUGGAUCUGAUAUUUUUGGUGACUUUACAUCUCAAUCCGAUUCUGUAUCUUCACAGCCUUCCAAUAAUGUUGUCAGUGAUAGCAAGCAUGAUAAUAUAAAUGGUCAAUCCUUAGCAGACUCUAAAGUUUCACCUAAAAAGGAUACUUUCCAGGUGAAGUCUGGCAUCUGGGCUGAUUCACUAAGCCGUGGACUGAUUGAUCUCAAUAUAACUGCUCCCAAGAAAGUAUCCCUUGCAGAUGUUGGGAUUGUGGGCGGAUUGAGCGAUGGAUCAGAUGAAAGGGAGAAAGGCCCUCCACCUUCAUUUUUCAUGGGGAGAGCUAUGGGUUCAGGAUCUGGUCUUGGUAUGUCAAACCAACAAUAUCAAUUCACUCCUUCACAGCCAGCAGCUGGAGACGACAUAUUCUCAAACCUUAGCAGCCAACAAUAUCAAUUUGGUGGGUUCCAAAAGUAACAUUCUCAAAUUUUACACUCAUCCUGUCACAUUUUCCUUCAUUCUUUGUGUGUAGGCGUUACCGAGCUUGUCACCUUUUGGCAUGGUUUUGUACUUGUGAUUAUAUUAUGUUAAAUUUUAAGUUACUGUUGCGUCUAAAACGCUGUUUACAUCUUGAUUGAUUGCAAUUUCCCGCAGACUGUAGUGAAAUAUAUGGUGGCACUACUUAUGGGUUGUAAAAUAUCCGCGUCAACAAUAAGGUUGCUGUUGACAUGUUAGCCAUCGCUUAGAGAUAAACAUAUGAAAGCUUAUUUCCCCUUGUUUGUUCGGUCGGGCCAAACUUCAACAUUUAACCUCUCUUGCUUGCUUUUUUUUAUUCUUUUUUGGUGUCAGAACCUUCCUUGCUUGCUUAAUCUGGUGUUUAUGCCAAUUAUUUAAUUUAAAGGGGCGUGGAGCCACU